AUGACUAGGAGCAUUGAAGAGCUUCAGGCCCCUGAGUUCUGCCACAACCGUUUGACAUACAUCAUCCAGCAGUGCGCUCUCAAACACAAACGUAAAAGGGAGGCAAACCAGAACUGCAACGGCACACUCUACUGUAUGCAGUUCACCUUCAGCAUUGACCAGCCUACUGCCCCUGCAACCUCGAUGCCGUGCCAGAAGCCCGACCUCAAGCUUUCUGCCCGAGUUCAAGGACAACAAGAUCAGCAGUUCACUCAGCAUGAAGAGCUCACUGUGUUCCUGCCGAUGGCCGAGGCGCAACGCUUCUGGAUGUACUGGCUCCUCACGCAGCUCGACACCGGAGCCCACAGAAUCGCCUGCGCGCACUGCAUCGGGCAGACGCAGGUGAUGAAGGUGUACUGGUUGAUCUGCCAGGGCAGCAUCAAAAACCAGAUGCUGGAACAGAUCUGGCGCAAGCUUUUCCUCUCCCUCAAGGCCAUGAACGCACGCACCGCCGCAGGUAAUGCGCUCUCUGUGCUCAAGACCGCGAAGCUCACAAGCAUCUUCUACAAAGGCAGCAGUGCACUCGCGUGCGGCAAUAACGGCGGCGGCAGCGGCAUGGGCCCAACGCUUGUGCAGUUCCUCAAAACCCUGCUCGCGGACGUCUUGCAGGCCUCGUGCAAGCAUGACGAUGUGCGCGCGCUGCAGGUGCGCAGGGAGCUUGACAUGUCGGAUGCAAAGCAGCUGCCCCUUGGCAACACAGCGCUGGUGCAAACGACGCGCUCUCCGCGCUCAAGACUGCAGAGCUCAUGA